UACUUCAGGCCAAAUCCAUUUUAUGAAAACUUGAAGAUAAAGGAGAAAGAGGUCAUGUCAUUACUGCACAACUUAGACACAAAGAACAUUGAACAUCGUGAGAAAUUUCAGGAGCUCAAGAAGGAGAUUCACUUCUAUUGCAACCUGCACAGCCGGCUCCUGAUGGACCAGGCAUGUAUGAAGAAGAAGUUGGUCACAUUGAAGCAGGAGAGCAAGGAGGUACAGCGAUAUUUGUUUGAGUUGAACCCGAAUGCUGAAAACGAACAGGAGAAGACCAGCAACCUCCAGACCCAGCAAAAUGUGGUCUCAGGAACUGCAGGAGACAUGGAAUAGGACAGAUCCCAAGAAGACAGCCCCCUGAAGAGUGAGUUUCUCUGUCAGGAGUUCCCUGCUGACGACAAUCCUCAACAGUCAAAGACUUUUUUGGGGAGAAUAUUCUUCUUCUCAGUUAAUUUCCUCAUUGUAUAGAGACCCUAAAUUUAUGUAUCCGUAUGCCAGCCUGUCUCAUUGAGGUCUUUCUCCUCUCUCAUACCGACAACACCAUUUGAGAGACAAAUGAGGGGACUGCCUUGAAAUCUCCCUAGAGGAGAAACAGCACUACAACUGUGUUUCUAAAUGUUCAUUAAGAAA